ACUCACUAUGUUGAAGAAAACUUGUUACCGAUCGUUAACACUGGAUACCUAAAUUUGUUAAGCAGAAAUUGGAAAAAAGUAAAAGAGUAUUUUUUAAAUUGAAGUGAAAUUAGGAUAUAUGAAAUGAACUAAUUUUUGUGUGACGAAAAAACACGCUGUGAUAAAUUUAGUUUGUGAACUUUUGGCAGCUGCACUGUGUCCUACGAGACAUUAUUUGCCCUCUGCACCACCAUUUUCUUUGUCAACAAAAAUGGCUGAAGAGUCAAACAAAUACAUUUAUCGCAAAGUAGCUAUAGAAAAUUCUUAUAUUGUUGAAGAUCUCCCUGAUGGUUCCAAAAAAAUUGUAUUCCAGCCUAUAAUUUAUAUAAGUUGUAGAAAUCAAAAAGAUUUGACUAUCAUAGACUUUGAUUUGACAGAAAGCAUAACUGACAAUGUUUCUGCUUUAGGUGUCAAUAACAUUAACAAUAAUAAUCAUACUGACUCAUUAGUUCCAGUUGAACCAAACUCAAUGAACAAUGGGAUAAAUAUUGUUUCUGAAAAUUUACCAGGAAUUAUAAAAGACAUAAAUCAAAGGAAUUUAAUUAAAUCAGAUAUUGGAACAGCUAACGAUUUAGAAAGCUUGAAAGUUCAAACUCCAAAUCAGGAUGUAUUAGAACCAAUCAUAGAAAUUACAGAAACUAAUUUUGAUAAUCCUACAUUGGAUUCAAGACAGACAAGAAGCCGCAAAAAUUUAAGUAAAUCAAUGAAUGCAUAUUGCAGUAAGUGCCAAGAAGUUCUAAAAAAUAUCUCGAAUGAUAAUUGUUCUAAAUGUCAGUAUCCCUUGCUAUUCCAAUGCAUAAAAUGCUUUCAAUCAUUUAAAUCACAUGUUAUGGUAGCGAAUCAUGUUGGGCAAUGUGAAGUUAAAAUAAAAUCAUUUAUGGGAAAUGUAAGUUGCAAGCCUUUGAAAAGCCAAAAUAAUGCUACUAUGAAGUUAUUAGGCAGAAAUAUUGAGCAAUGUUCUGCUGUCAAAAAUCAAAGAAAAUCUUUUGAAUGUAAACAGUGUAAAGGUUUAUUUCAAAAUAAUCGUAGUUUAUCAAGGCACCAGGUAGUAUGUGGAAAGCAAGGCCAAUGUCCACAUUGUCCAUUUUCGAAUACAAAGAAAGGAAUCCUUUCUUAUCACAUCUCAAAAAAACAUCAAGAAUACAUGCCAGAUGAUUUUAAGUGUUUACAAUGUGGAAAAAAAUAUAAUCAGUUUAGUUCUCUUAAGACUCAUAUAAGAAAAUCAAAAUGUAACAAGAAAACUUUGUAUACAUGCAAUCAUUGUAAUCUUCAAACUUAUAAUAAGACAACUCUUGCUAAUCAUUUAAAAAAAAAUCAUGUCUAUAGUUUAAAGCAAAGAGUUUCUGCAAAAUUGAAGAUUUAAUUAGUUUUUAUAUAGUAUUUCGUGUUUAUGUUGCUAUAUAUUUUUUCUUUGUGUUCUUUUUUAAAUAUGGAUAUAUAGUUAUAUCAUUUUUAUUAUUUUGGUUUGUGUUAAGCCCCACUGAGUGGAAAGUGCAUUAAAAUUAUAUGCUUAUAUUGUUAUAAAUACUAUGAAGGUUGAAUUGCUAUUCUUUAUAGAAGUUUUAUUGAUUAGAUAAUUUAAUUUUCGUGAUAUUUUAAAUAUCUAUCAUAAAAAUAGGACUCUAUAAAAAUUUAAUUUGUGAAAAAUCUCUGUCGAAAAAAUAUUAUCAAAAAAUGUGUAAGACAAAAUGCAUUUGCAUUUGAAAUGGAUUAUAAUUUAGU